GCAGCAGCUCCAACCCCAGCAGCAGCAGCACCUUCAGCUCCUGCUCCAGCAGGAAAGUUCCUCACAACAAGUUUCUGAGUUCCCGGUUGGUCAGUAUCCAUCUGCUGUGUAUUACCCCUAUGCACCGUUCUACUACCCUGCAAUGACACCAGCAGCUACAAAAACUACAACUACUGCCCCUCCACCUACCCAGGCACCCAUACCUCAAGCGGCUCCUUAUUACCCUCAGUAUUACCUUCAGAUGCCUCACUACCCUACACCCACUGCAGCACCAGUGACCCAAGCACCUGCUCCUCUCCCUCCCAGCCCACUGCCUCCUCCACCCUCUCCACCAAAACAACCCGAGGGUCCGCAGUACCCAGUCGGACCAUUUUAUCAUCCUGCUUUUUAUAGCUCCUACUAUCAGUAUGGACAUUUUCCAUACCAUCCUACUAUCGCUCCACCCUCCCCUUCUCCAAUGAUUCCAAAACAACCUCCCAGCUACACCUUCAGCCAGUUUUAUCCACAAAAACCCAUUUACAUCCCACCGCCCACACCUCCGCUGCCUGCCAAAGAGAAACCUCAAACCACUCCUCAGGAACCAGCAGCUCCACCCAUCACAUGCACCCCGUACACUCAAACCAUCUGUAGCUACCCUUACCCCUAUUACCCCCAUCACCAUCCACUCUACCCACCAUACUACUAUCCACCACACCCGCCUGUGCCCCAGUAUCCACAGACUCCACCGCCAAUGACAACCAAGAAGCCUUUCACCACCACCACCACCCCCUGUGCUACAAGUCCAACUCCUACCACCACAACUACUACAGCGUCUACAUCAGCUCCACAGACCUUUUAUCUGCAGUGUCUGAUGGGGAGGAUGAUCGCCUUCCUGCCUUUUGCUCACCCAGACUCCAUCCAGGUCAGAGACCAGAUGAAGUCCUGGCUGUUCCUCUCCAGCGUGUCUCCUCUGUGUGGGUACACGGUACAGAUGGCUGCAGACUCGGGGGUGAUCCUUCACUCUCCUCUGCCCGCCUGCCACAGCGAGACACGGACUCCCACGAUUGUGUCUUUACCUCUGAGGUUUUGGGAUCUUUCCGUGGCACGCUACAGGACUGUGGACUUGCAAUGCCCGUAUCAAACUCCUCCACCAGUUACAGUGCCCCCUACCCCACCCAGCACAACCACCAUCCCAACCUCGGGCAAGGUCGUCCAGAAACCUAAAGUGUUCUGCUCCCCCCAUCAGAUGACCGUGGAGCUCCCGCCCGGUCCCAUCUCUGGAAUAGUUGUUAAAGACUUCAAAGGGAACCAAAUGAACCUCCAGGAUGUCCCAAAGCACUGUGGGUAUUCUGCAAGAAAAGGCAAAGAUGGCAAAGUCCGUCUGAGUCUCCGGUUACACUCGCGCUGCCACAUGAGUGUGCAGGGUAAAAAGUACAUCGUCACUGUCCUCUACACGACAGCACAUGGGAGACAGGAGGCUCAGUUGUUUUGUCCGGUUCUCAUCCCAAGACCCGGACAAGAGUGCAACCUUCCCAGCGAACAGCGUCUCCCCUGUGGACGCGGCUCUGUAUCCGAGCCACAGUGCCUCUCCAUGGGCUGCUGCUUCAGCAAGCAACCCCCCGCCUGCUACUACCACAUGGACGAGUGCACUAUUGACCGCCACUUUGUCUUCUCCGUGCCCGCCUCCCUCACCGAGCCCCCUCUUUCCCCCGCCCAGCUCGUGGCUGCCGAUAACUCCACCUGCAAACCCCAGAGAGUGACAUCCGACUACGCCUUGUUCAAGAUCCCGAUGGAUGGGUGCGGGGCACGCAGAGUAAUGGUGGGGAAAACCAUGGUCUACAUUGUGGAGAUCGUCAACAAGGUUCAGACAAUCAGCCUCAACUACGGCACCAUAACGAGAGACUCUCCUGUCAGGUUGUUGGUGGAGUGCAGGUAUCUGCCGGGCACUGUUCUCACUGUGAGCUACAUGGUUAAAACUCCCACCAUUGGAUCUGCAGUCCCCACACAGGGCGUGUUUGGAGUCCAGCUCAGGAUCGCCAAAGACGUCCAGUACAGCAGCUACUACCCUCAGUAUCACCGGCCCCUGCAGAUGCUGCUGGGGAAACCCAUUUACCUGGAAGUGCGGCUGGUCAACACGCCGGAUCCCAGUUUGGUUCUGCUGGUGCAUUACUGCGUGGCCUACCCGCGCUCGGGGAAGGCCGUGUGGCUGCUGCUGUACAACGGAUGUCCGAACCCGUUGGAUCCAGCCCCACAGCAGGCUGUGCUGCUGGAUCCUCGGCCGCCCUCUCCUCAGGCUCAGACUCGACGCUUCACCAUCAGCACCUUCCAGUUCCUUCCUGACGGCGAGUUCAAGGACCCGGAGGAGGAGAUCUACUUCAUGUGUUCGACUGAAAUCUGCUCCCCACGUGAUGGGCCUUGUGUCGAGGGAUGCUUCGGCCGGUGACGCCACGACAUGGAAGAUGCUUGAAGUCGGUGGCUGUGAGGAUGAUCUGGUGCUGGCCGUAUCUCCUCCCUGUUCAGGCCUCGGACGUCGCUCAAUAAAAAGCUCUUAAAGGA